AUGUCAUCGCUCUCUGAAAGCCCCCAGUACUACCCCAACUUAACACACACGAGCGGCGAGGGACCCCCAUCACUUUCCACUCGCGCAAAGGAGGCAAGCAGCAGACUCCGCGGUUCGCGUGUGUGUCAUCCAAAUGCAUCCUUUUCUCAGUCACCUUCUUCUGGAGCAUCCACGGGGGGCCCCUCUGGGCGCCUUUCCGCAGGCUUCUCCGGGGCUCCCUCUGCGAGUGAGGGCCACCUGGGCCAUCUGCUGUACUCAAUCGCUCUAGCGCGGAAUGACAGGUCUCGGGUGUCUGCGCUAUUGACUCUGGAGGCUAAUUGUGUGUCGCUUCUUUCGGACACACAACGGCUACAUGCGGCCUUCACUGCCUUGGACGCUAUUGUUUGCAAUGCCGUGCCGUUCACCCUUAAGACGGGGGGCUCAAGAAGGAAGACUUCUCAGGGAGGGGGAGUCUCAGCAAAGCCAGCAACAAAUGCAGCGAAUGCGGGCCCGCAAAAAAAGGAGGACUCAAGAGGAACCCGCACCGCAAGCAGCAGCUCAUAUGAGCUGCAAGGGGGCCCCCCAAGCGGCCCCGUCGGGCAGCCAGUGGCGGGGAAUGGCAUAAGUAGCUCUCAGGCGAGAGAAGUAGCAGAAACGGCAGCAGCAGAAGCACAAGUCGCAGGAGCAACAGCAGCACCAGAAGCGGCAGGCUUGGCUGCAGCUGCGACCCCAGCAGCAAGGCCAGACCUUCUUGCGCUUCCCCAGCGAUGGCAGCCGCAGCAGAAGCAAAGGGAAGAAGAGCUUGUCAUUCCCGGUCCCGAGUCGCCAGAAGCUGCUAGUCCAGGGCGCCCACUCACCUGCAGCAGCGACUCAGUGGCAUCUGCUUCUCCUCCUGAGCCGCCCUCUCCCCCUUCGGAUAUUCCCAGCAGCAGCAGCAGCAGCAGUAUGAACAACACCAAGAGCUUAACAGCUAGUCGCCCUCCGUGCCCGCCUCGAGUCUCCUCGUCCGAGUCUUACGUGGUGGUUCGCCGCCCCUUUUCAGUGCUGUCUCGUCUGCUGUCCCUGCAGGUCUGGGUCUCCAUGGCAGUGACCCUUGACUGCUUCCUCGUCGCCCCCAAGUGGCUGCAGCGCCUUGUCGGGCUGCUGCAUGCGCUCGCCAGGAGCGGCGGGACCGCGGCGGACCAGCCCAUCCGAGCGACUGCUUGCAGCUGCUUGGAGGAGCUGGAGCUGUCUCACCCAGUGUCUCUACGGUUCCUGGCUGCGGCUGCUGCGGCGUCUGAUUACCUCUUUGCAGGGCUGCUGUUUCCUCUGUUGGGGCCGGAGGGGUUGGAGGGUCCUCUCGGCGCUUCUGCUGCGGGCACUUUCGAGCUCUGCCCCUCAGUUUCCCUCUGGGGGCCCCAGGGGCCCCCUAAGGGGCCCCUCUUCCUUGUGGAUCUUCUCCAGAGGGAAGCGCAGCUCGGGGGAGAGGCUUGUGCCGUUCUGUUGCUGCGCUGCAUGCGCCACCUCUGUGAAAAUGUAAUUUGUGAGGGACAGAUCACAAGGGAAGAGACGCAGGAGGAAUACACAGAGGGCACAGGCCGUGCUGAAGGGAAAGGGCCUUCUGAAGGGCCUUCUGCGCAUUUGGACAUCAGCCCUGCAGGCAGCGCGGACCUCAGCAGCAGGGGUGUGAGUGGGGACCAGCAAAUGCUCAAAUUCAGUCUGGAGCCUGACACCAAGGGGACACACACAGGAAGGCCUCCAGGAGGACCUUUAGGACACGCACGAACAAAGGGAGGAGAAAUUCCGCAGAUGGAUCUGCAUUACAAAAUCCCUUCGAUCGGCGUAUCCCCCGUGCCUCUUCCCUCCAUUACUCUCAGCAGCAGCAGAGGCAACACCAGCUCGAGGCCACCGCGGCUGGUGCGGUCUUUGACUCUCUUCUUAAAGAAGGCGCUUGCUUUAGUCCUGGAGGGGCUGUGGGGCUACGGGGAUUGGGCGCAGGCGUCCGUAUGCAUGCAGCUUGCCUUCUUCUCUCGCCUUCUCUGCCUACCUGCCUUUUCAUCAGUUAAUGUCUUGCUGCCGUUUCUCUUCUCAUCUCGUCUACACCUCAUCCAUGCGUGGGCACUCCUCGUUGAGGCCCUGGGGCCCCCAUCCACGGGCUCCGGCCAGUGCCCCCAAAGGGCGCGGUGCCCAUUCACCAAAGCAGUUGGGCCCCACGCAGUUCUCCUGGAAGAGAGACUCAGGGGCCUACUGCAAGACCAAACGCUUAGCCCACACGAUCGCGUUCUGUGCAUCAGGUGGUACAUGGCUUUAAUGCAGCAUCCUGAUUUUUCAGCGGCAUUUUCUUCGGCCUCCCCGUCCGUAUUUUGCCCGUCAGCAGCUGACCCGCCUUCUGUGAAGGAGCACCUGCUGCAAGCUUUGCUGCUGCGCUGCAGCAGCCGCAGCAGCACCAGAAAGGGCUCGCCAGCAAACCUAUACGAUGUCUGUGGAGUCAUGUACGAGUUCAGAUGCGUCCGAAAAGCCCCGGAAAUUCAUGCUGUAGUUUUUAGGUUCCUGCUAAGGAGCGUUCUCAUGCCUCAUCUCUACAGCCCUCAGUUGCAGGCGUUUCUCUGCGAGCACCUCAGGUGCCACCCUGUAGAGCUCGGGCCAAGCGUAUUGCUGCUGCUACACCAUGCCUCCCGCGCUGCUGCAGCUACUGCUGCAGCUGCGUACAAGGGGCCCCGUCUCAGCGGCCGGUGUUUGUGGACUAUCACGCUUUCUUCAGUCUGCGAGUCUCUGUUGCUUCCUCUUGUAUACUUUCUGGAGACCAUUGAGCCCCCCGAGGACUUAGUUUGUUUUUCUCCCUUGAUUUUUGAGCUAUCGGUCUACCCCAUCAUUCCGCCCCAGCGACUUUUGCCCCUCCUCAGACGCCUGAGUCUUACAGCUACCGCAGCAGAUAAAGGAGACAGUUCCCGCAGCUGGCAUGCUGCCCUUUGUGUCCUCGCGCUGCUGUUGACCCACAGAGGGAGCACUGAAGUUAGAGACGGCGUCGGAGAGUUUCUUCAGACGAUCUCCCUGGGCCCUGGGGAAUUGGACACCCGGCAAGAAGCUGAGCUUCUGCUGCGAGCACUUAACAACGCCAGCGCCAAUGCACUCAUGGCGCUGCUGACCCCACAGGGAGGCGAACCAGAGCCACUCGUCGAGCGCUAUCUUUCUCAUGUCUCCCCGCCGCAGUUCCGGUGA